AUGUCGCGAUUGAACGAAGACCAGAAAAGAGUCUUCGAUAGAGUAUGCGAAAUUUUGCAAAAUAAAAAUCAGAUUCUGCGACUGUAUGUAAGCGGCGAGGGUGGUACAGGGAAAAGUUUUCUUAUUGAAACGAUUAAACAUUGGAUCGGAAUAAAUUUGAAAAAAGUGACUUCCAUAUCUGCUCCCACGGGUAUCGCGGCAUGCAAUAUCAAUGGUUUGACGAUCCAUAGAAUGUUUCAGCUACCUGUUACCCAUGAAUCCAUGGCAAAGUAUACGCACUUGUCAGAUAUGGUUUUGAAAACUUUGAGAGAGAAAUUAAAGAAUGUCGAAUUAUUUAUAAUCGAUGAGGUUUCCAUGAUUUCGAAUGUGACAAUGAUGUUUAUUAAUUUACGAUUAUGUGAAAUUUUCGACACGACAGAUACAGACGACGGUUUUUUUGGCAGAAAACACAUUCUUCUGUUUAGAGACUUGUUGCAGCUUCCCCCUGUAAAAGAACAAUUUUCGUUCGUUAUAAUGUCUCGAUCAGAGAUUCAGAAGUAUUUAGGUACCAUGGGUGGAUCUGAUUUGUGGAGAUUGUUCGAAUACGACGAACUUUUGAUUAAUAUGCGACAAAGAUGUGACAACACAUACCGCGAGAUACUUUCUAGAAUUCGGAUAGGUUUGGUAACGGAUUCUGACAUCAAUGUUCUCCAGUCGAGAAAAAUUAAUUUCAAAGGAAGUUGCGAUGAAAGAUUGAAUGAACUUUGCACUUAUAUGAAUCAAUUACCGGUUGAUACAAUAUGUUUAUUACCCACGUGUUAUUUGUGCACGACUUUGAACACGGCGAUGCUCGAUAAAAUUAAUGGCGAUGAAAUUUUACUGAUAGCAGAAGAUAAUGUCGACUGUUCUCCAGCAAUGAAGAAAAAAGUGCACAAAAUUUUAAAAGACAAAGAUGAAAAAGUUUCGGAAACAGCUGGUAUUGAAAGAGUAAAAGCGAUUAAAAUUGGCGCUAAAGUGAUGAUUCGACGAAACAUUGAUAUCACUUUGGGACUUGUCAAUGGAACAAUAGGCAUUGUAAUUGCGAUUCAUCGCUCUGUUGAUGGAAAUCGUAUUGAUACCGUUACAAUAGUUACUUCUGAUAAUAAACAAGUCAUAAUAACGAGAGUAGAUAUUAAACUCGAAGUAUUCCACAAAAUAGUGGUACAUCGGAAACAAUUUCCAUUGUCUCUCAGUUAUGGAAUAACUGUACAUAAAAGUCAAGGAAUUACGCAAUAAAAAUGCAAUGAUGCAAUGAUGGAUUUAGGAACGAGUGUGUUCACUGAUGGUCAAGUGUAUGUAGGUCUGUCACGAGUGAGUACACUGGAGGGUCUACAUUUGAUAAAUUUCAAUCCGGCAUCCGUUAGAACAAACUCGGGAGCCAUUGCAGAAUAUAAUCGACUGAGAUCUGUACUCAAAUCUCAGCUACCACAAAUCAAUUCGUCCGAGAAAAAGGCUGUGAAAAUUUACGACUGUAUAUGGGCAAUACCUCAUAUCAUUGAUGAUGUACAGAAUUACGGUUAUGCUGACCGUAAGUAUAGUUACAUGGAAAAUAUUCGGCCUUUGCAAUGA